UGAUAAAAUUGCAAUUGCCGUUGUCGGCUUCUAUAAAUCCCCUUUGACAAUGCCGCCAACCAGGUACGUACAUAAUGUAUGUAGAUCUUUGCACAAGCAGAGAAAUUGCAUCACGGUCUAUUGUUCAUGAAUUUUCGGUGUUGUAAACCCGAGCUGUGACAGCUCGUGCGUCAAAUCUGCGCAAACCAGAGCUAUAGUCUAUAGGAGGUAUUUACUGGUAUUUACCUCGCCAGGUCAUAUGGUGAUUAACCAAAAAAAUAGUCUCUCGUCUUCCAUCAGUAAUUCAACAUUUUUUAGUGUUUUAAACAAUCGAAACUUGUGAACAAUAGCUUUCUACUCUAUCAAUUCUUCAUACUCAACUGAACUUCAAUCGCAACUGAUAAUCUUUGUCGAUAAAUAAAUAAUUGGUCAUGUUCACUACUCGCUAUGUGAUAUUUGUCUACGAGUUAUCAAAUUUAUGUUUCAAUAAAUUCUAUCUAUUAAAAGAUAAAUAAAAUAAAAGAUCCAAGUGUGCUGAGAUUUAAUGGAUAAAGUACUGAUUGGAAUAAGGCUCUAUGAGCUGUCAUUGUAGGAUAAUUAGCAAUGUUCAAUGUACAACUAAGUAGCACAGAACCACAUGUUACAAGUACUAAAAAUCAUAAUUUAAGUGCAUUUUAUAUUCCUCUAACUUCAUUUGCUGAAAUGUGGUAUCAGAUUUUUUUGUGGGCACUAUUUUCAUCAAUAUUUGUCCAUACAAUUGCGGCAUCAAUUUGUUUUGCAACUUUACGUAAACACAAAUAUGGAAAAUUUUUUCCAAUAUUGAUACUGGUAAUGGGAUUUCUAUUGCCAUUAACAUCUGGAGUAUUGAGUUCAGCGGCAAUAGCUUUUGUUUAUCGUGCAUCGAGUUACCAAAUGCCACCUCUGUACGCAUUGUUUUGGGGAAUAGGUCAAACCAUCCUGGCUGCGUGCGUUGGUUUCACUCGUAUUCUGGCAACGUUAUAAUUACCAGGGUAUUUAUCGUCAUCCAAACCCAAUCCACCAACUGAACAUCAUAUUGUUCCUCUAGAUCCGCAACUCUAUCGUUUAUCAAUAAACAAAAAAAAUUUAUUUUUUAUUCAUGAUGCAGAUCUAUAAAUUUUUUUAUUCAUAAAUUAAAAUUAUAGCGUUCAUUAUUUUUCAUCCAGUGUUAGAUUUUUUAUUCAUAAAUAAUUAUUUAGCGAUCACUGGGGUAUCUAAUGAAUAUCCAACUCACUAAUGUCUUUCAUGUGAUAUAAUUAUAAACAGACUAAAUAUAUUUA